AUGGAAUCCAAGAAAAUAGUCGUCGUCACUGGCGCCAACACGGGCAUCGGGUUCGAAACCGUCAAAUCGCUGUGGCGCUCCACUCAAAAAUAUCACAUCCUACUUGGGGGGCGCAAUCUGGAAAAGGCUCAACAGGCAUGCCAAAGGCUGUGUGAAGAAACAUCUCAGAGCUCGGUCGAGCCCUUCCAUGUGGAUGUUGAGAGCGACGAGUCAAUUAAUGCAGCUUUUCAGUACAUCUCAGCCAAAUAUGACCGGGUGGAUUGUCUAAUCAAUAAUGCCGGAGCUUGUUUCGAUAUCCACAUCACAGAUGGCCGCAUGACGGCCCGCGAGGCCUGGAAUAAAGCAUGGGAUGUGAAUGUGACAGGAGCGCACAUCAUGACGACUACUUUCCUCCCACUAUUGCUCGAGUCGCAUGAUCCCCGGUUGCUAUUCAUUACCAGCGGGCUUUCCUCAUUGCAAGGGUCUUCUGACCCCACGAACCCUAAGAAUAUUAUCCCGGCUGCAGGUCUUCCAAAGCCGAUGCCGUUUGUCGGUUACCGGUCCUCGAAAGCUGGCCUCAACAUGGUGAUGGUGGAAUGGACGAAGGCGUUGAGGAAUGAUCGUGUUAAAGUGUGGGCGGUCGCUCCUGGUCUUCUGGCGACCUCCCUAGGUGGUGACACGGCACUGUUGAAGAGGCUGGGGGCACAAAAUCCAAGUAUUGGUGGUGAUACCAUACGGAGAGUCGUCGAGGGCGAGAGAGACGGUGAGGCUGGGAGUGUGGUACGCGAGUAUAUAACGCCGAUCCAACCAUGGUGA